AUGGUCAGGAACAAGCCAUCUUCGUUUGUCGGCGCCGUCGAGGCGACCGAUAGCCUCCUCGGCGCCCGCCCCGCCAAGCCUGCUCGAGCUGCUUCAUACGACAUCAGCUUGCCUGUGGGAACCUCGCAGCAAGAUGCGCAUGUAGUCUCGGAGCAGCCUCAUCCAGAGCCACGAUUGGUGGGACGCAAGCCGACCACGCCUACGACACCGACAUUCAUCUUGUCGCCAUCGAGUCUCUUUGGAGGCGGCCAGGACAAGGCGGGAGAGCCCAUGCUGCUUGGAGGCUGGAGCCGUAGCAAGGGGCCACAGGUCAAGCAGAGGCCUUCGCUCCACCGCCCGUCGAAGCUGCUUUCGGACAAUACCAACACGGACGUCUCUUCGCUUGCAUCGUCCCACGAGAAGGAACACCCUCGCUCUGGUCGCGGAGGUUUGUGGGCGUUGCUUCCAUUCUCGUCCACACGCGAUGGCGGCAAGCACAGCAGAAGUCUCACGAUGAGGCGUCUGUGCUCCUCGUACAAGUCGCUCAUUGCGUUUGUGCUGCUGGUCGUCUUGUUCGUCAGGAUGCUCUUUGCGCCUUCGCACGACCUCGAGAGGGGCGUCAACGGGCAGAUCGCCAAGCACAAGGCAAGCGAUGCGGUGUUCUUGAAUAGCUGGAUCGAACACGUGAUUCACCACCCCGUGCGCGCGCGCGACAAGACCGGAUUCGCAGAGAUGGGUCUGAGGACCGAGAUGUACUCGCAUCUGCUGCAGCAUCCGACGCUGCCCAACUUUGACCGCAUGGAGCGCGCGCUCUGGCCGUUUGUCCCCGGCAUCAACCAGCUGCGUAGGUGGUGGCAGGCGUCUGUCCAGGCAAAGCCAAUGCCGUACUCUGCAGCCUCCGAUAAGAGCACAGGUGGGCACUCGAAGCUCAUGUCGCGCGCGUUCGGAGCGAGUGCAGAGCGACAGCGCGGAUCGCGCGGCAUCGUCAUGUCGCUCGGAUACAAGGGAUCCGUAUUUGCAUCCCAGUUCAUCUCGGUCAUCCGCGACAAGCACAAGAACAAUAUUCCCAUCGAGCUGUACUACUACGGCGACUCGGAUCUGCCCGCCAAGUACCGCAACUAUCUGACCAAGACGUACCGCAAUGUGCGCUGCAUCGAUCUCGAGUCGCUCGGGCUGUUUGAUCCGGAUCUGGUGCAGCUCGAGCGUCAGGGCUUUGCGAUCAAGCCGUUCGCGGUGCUUGCCACCAACUUCACCGAGGUCAUGCUGGCGGAUGCCGACGCGAUCCUGCUCGAGGAUCCGGACCACUUCUUUGAGGAGCCCGGGUACAUUGACACGGGUACACUCUUCUUCCACGACCGCGACCACCAGCGCGACGGCGUCAACACGAUCGUGCACGACUUUAUGAACAAUCAGCUCUCGCUGCGUGGGCCGUCACCCAGGCUGGCGCAGAGCGAGUUCUGGAAAAAGAAGGGUAUUUUCGAGCAAGAGUCGGGCAUUGUGGUGGUGGACAAGCGCAAGACGGACGUGUUUGCCGCACUGCUCUUUACGGCGUGGCAGAACAUGGGCGAGAUCCGCAAGAAGACAACGUACCGCAUCUGGUGGGGCGACAAGGAGACGUUCUGGCUGGCCUUCGAGUUUUCGCGCUUCCCGUAUUACUUUGUACCGCGAUAUGCGCAGGCCAUCGGCUCUGCUCGAGUCCGAACCAAGGCCGAGAGGCAAGCUGCGAUCGCAGCGGCCAAGGCGAAGAAGGCCAAAGCCGAGGGCAAAGUUGAGGAGCACGACAGUCUCGCUGAUGCGCAGGACGACGGGUCCGAGGGCGAGGUCGAGGAGCUGUGUUCGGAGCAUCCGCUGCACUUCCUCGGUGCGGAUGUCGAGGACAACAAUGGCGACGGCGAAGUGGACGCCAUGACACUUGGGCGACCGGCUUGGUUCAACGGCGGCAUCCUCGACUCCAAGGUGGACAGUGACGAGGUGUACAUUGCGCCCAAUGCGUUUACGCUCGAUGGAUCGUGGGAGUUCUUGUUUGACGAGGAACGCUGGUGCAUCCGCAACUACACGCGCGGCAACAUGGAUCAGUUCCACCUCACGCCGCGCAUCGACGAGAUCAAGGCCGUCGCUGCCAAAGCCGAAGCCCAUUUCCGUGCCAAGAUCCCCAAGACCACAAGUGCCAAACAGGCAGCACUCGAGUAG